AUGAAUCUACAUUCAAGAGUCAUUACAACUCUAUUUCUCUCAGUAUCAGUGUGGAACUUGCGAAUUGCGGAUAGUUUCCAACCAAAGUUGCCAUUGAGAUCCUCCUCCUUUUCCUUGUGGCAUGAUGAUGAUUGCGAUAAAGCAUCCAUCACGACCCUGGUGCGCAACAACCCCAAAGUUGCAGAAAAUCAUGAACGUCGCAAUGACGAAAGAAACAAACGCGACGACCAGUCGGAUGUGAUGGAAUCCUUGGAUGUGGUCCUUGAACGUGCUCGGAAACGGAAACCGUCGUGGGUGUUAAAGGGAGUCGCUCUUUGGAAUUCACCAUUUGUGGUUCCUUGGUUUUUAAAGUCGGAUCUAGCGCUGGCGACGAUUGCUGUAUUCCUCGGCUCGUAUGGAUUCUGUGUUGGCUACUGCUUGGGAAAGUGGAUGACCAAUCCCCAAAAUCAAAACCGACUACGCAAUUUUGCUGCUGGUGACUCUUCAUCAUCUUCAUCAUCAUCAUCGGACCCCUUCUUAGAAACGUGGCAACAAGCUCUCUUGUUUCAAUAUUGGCCUGUAUUCUUGGCCAUUGUGUUGGACCAAGCAGUUUCUUUUCUAUUUUGA